AUGGUCAAGAAAAAUGUAAAGAAAUUAACAUACUGGACUGGUCCUGUGAAGUCAACACGGAAAGGGAGAAAUUUCAAGAAAGAUCCAAAGAAGUUUGGCCCAAAAAGGGAAAUUACAGAAAAAGAUGAAUUUUUAUUGACUAUGAUGAAACUUCGCCUUGGGCCUAGAAAUGCUGACUUGGCUCAACGUUUUGCUGUCUUUGCUACAACAGUGACUAAUAUUUCUACUACAUGGGUCAAACUUUUAGCAAGCGAGCUGGGGUGUCUGAUUUAUAAUCCAUCAUAUGAAGUUUUUAGGAAAACAUUGCCUACAAAAUUCCAUAAGCCUGGUUAUUCGAAAGUAAGGCAUAUAAUAGCCUGUACUGAGGACUUCAUUGAAACGCCAAGUGACCGACUAAAGUGGUCCGACUAUAAGCACCACCACACUACCAAGAUAUUGUUGUCUAUAACCCCCAAUGGUGCUUUCAAUUUUGUUUCCAAAGCAUGGGGAGGUCGAACAUUAGAUGUGCAUGUUACAAGAGAGUCAGGAUUCUAUGAUAUUUUGGAACAGCAUGAUGGGGUCAUGGCUGACAGGGGCUUUACUAUUGCUGAGGAUUUACUUCUUCAACAAGCAAAGCUCCAUAUACCACCCGGCAAACGUGGCCAAAUCUAACAAUCGAGCUUUCUCAUUCGCAGUGGUUGCGAUCCUUUCUUCAGCAGUUGGUUGGACAAGAAUUCCCAUUUCCGAUGCUGCAAAUGCACGAGCAACCAGUUCUUGCUUCCUUACCGAAACGUUCAAGCCCCAUUGACGACAAUAAAGCUUCAGAGCGUCAGAAUGCCAAGAGUUCACUUCAUCGUAAGUUAGAGACUCCUCAGACCUCAUCCCAGCCGGUCAGAAAUUCUUGGCGUGAAAUCAUGACUUGUAAUGAAAUUUUUUCCCUCAAAAUUAUCCGGAAACCGUCACUUGAAACUUUAGACGUAUGUAGUUGAUUAGGAUUGGUAGUAGAUGAAUUAAAGACAGAGAAAUAAGACAAGAUUAAAGGUAAACAGACGCGAAGCCGAAACGAAUAUUCAGUAAUGGUGGAGAUUGGAGAGUUGGCGCCCACUUUUCUGGAGCGCCUAUCCUAUAAUGCAUUGCCUGAAAACCGCAAGCGGGAAACUCUUGAUGCUUGUAUUCGUCGGUGUUUAGGUCCGACGAAGAAGCGACUAAAGGAUCGAAUUGAACAAACUUAAACCCUCCUCCAACAAAAUGUUACUCUGGAUGAAAGUGAGAACAAAGCCAAUAAAUUACUCCUCAAGUUGGAAGGAAACCUCAAAUCUUAUCAAGAUCUACUGGAACAGCUACGAGAAGCAUCCAAAGAAGACGAAGCUAAAAGCCAGCGACUGGAAGAUGCAAUGGAGGAGUUCAGUAUUGUUGCGCUUGAUGAAGACCAAGCUAUUUGUGCUCUUAAAACAUUUCUGAUCGAUAUUGCUAAACGAAAAAAGGAGACAACUGAAAAGGAGGAAAACCAGAAGGAAAGAGUUCACGAAAGAGAACUUCAAAUGGAAAAACUUCAACAAGAGAAGGGCCUUCACCUCGCAAAACUUAACCAAGAGAAACAGAUUCAAAUGGACAAGUUGAAGUUGAAAUUCGAAGCUAAAAGGAAGUUGGCCCAAACUGAAAUGAAAAUGGAGAUCAAAAGAACAACUGCAGAUAUAGAACUCAAGAUGAAGCAGAAGUGGAACAAAAACGUCUUGAAUUGGAAAAAAAGUCUGGUGUUCCAAUUACUCGUCACACUCCCACUAUCAAGCUUCCCGAACUGGAACUUCAGAAAUUCAAUGAAAAUAUUUUGACGUGGCAAGAAUUUUUGGGUCUCUUUUGAGGCCUCCAUUCACAAGAAUCCAAACCUUCCAUCUGUGGACAAAUUCAACCAUUAAGAGCUGAAUUAGAAGGAGAUGCAAGUGUAGUUAUCUCUGGACUGGAACUAACACCAGCUAUAAAGUAGCUGUAAAUUUACUCCAAGAGAGAUUUGGAACAGAUGAACUCAUGAUGGAUGCUCACUAUGCUCACAAGAUAUCGACGACUUAAAGGAAGUUGCAAACGCCAUAGACGACAUGGACGAAGAACUUGAGGACAUCCAACAUGGCCUACAUAAACACGGAGAAAAAUUGGAAUAUCUCGACAACCAAAGCCGAAGAAAUAAUGUCCGUAUCGAUGGAAUUCCCGAAGAAGACAAUGAGAACUGGCUGAAUACUGAAACAAACAUGUGAAGGAGUGAAGGAAGUGCUUCAGGAAAAGCUACACUUGAGCUUUGAACCGGUGAUUUAGCAAGCGCAUCGCACUGGAACAAGAUCAAGACCAGGUGCUGCUGAUGGUAUCAACACAAGCCCAAGAACCAUAGUGUGUCGUUUACGUCAUUGGAAGCAAAAGGAUGAAAUUCUUAGAGCCGCCCGAAGGAUGAAACCGCCUGGUACAAGGAGUUAAGAAAUGCUGUUGAAAAAUGGGAUCAUCACAAGAUCAGUAAUUUCUGUGCGCAGAGGGAAAUCAAAUGGAAAUUUGGGAAAGAAUGGUCCAAACUACGAAGAGAGUGUUGAAGUCAUUACUGAAAGAGCAGAUCGUAACAGAUGAAGUACUUGCUAUUAUGAUACCCUUGUCACGCAACAGCGACAGUGACCUAGAUGAUCAGCCGUUGACCCCCAACCAUUUGCUACAUUUAUGUCCGACACUAAGCUUGCCACCAGGGAUGUUCAACAAAGAGGUUCUUCAUUCUAGGCAUGUGUGGAGACAAGGUCAGUACUUAAGUGGAGUGUUCUGGCGGAGAUGGUCUAAUGAGUACUUACCGACUCUUAUGGAAGGACAGAAAUGGAGAUCACCUAAAGGGAAUAUCAAGGUGGGAGAUCUAGUUCUACUUGCAGAUGAAAUAUACCCUUGUGGUGAAUGGCCAAUCGCACGUGUUUGGGAGGUAGUUGCUGAUGAUGACGGCUGUGUACGAGUGGCGAAAGUGAAAACCGCCUCCACGGUAGCUACCCAUGGUAAGAGACAGCGUAGCGGAGAGGCGAAAACUAGCACUGUUGUGCGUACAAGACCUGUCACAAGCUUGUGUCGUCUGGAGAUGGAAGACUAAGAAAGAUUAUUUCGUGAAAUGACCGUUUAUUAGCUAGAGAAUGUGGACUGUUGGAGUCGUUAGCCUUUGUUUGUAAAUAAAUUUCGGGCAAUUCACUUAGGAGCCGGUGUCGCUCCCGACUCCCCUUAGGAGUAAUUUGUUUGUUUAUCGUCACGUGACUCAAAAACAUUUUUACCUUGGUCGAGUUUAUUAUCGUGAGUAAGGAUAGUAUUUGAGUAUAUUCUACCUGUAUUAGCAUUUUGAAGCCGAACAGUUCGGUAAGUUAGCCUGUUUUUUCUACAUUUGAGAAUUGUUAUGGUAAUUUCGAGUGAUAUUUACCUAUGUAAUUUGCCAGAAAACCACAUACAAGCUUCUACGAACUGACCACGAGGUCUGCGCCCAAUGUCUUCAUUUGCUGUCGUUUGAGUACGAUUGUUAUCUACAAGUUGAUACAGGAUUUACAUUGUGCAAGUAGUGCGUUUUCGACUUUCGAAAUAUAGUUGGCUGAAAUUCUCCGAGUCUGCCGUGAUUCGAACUAACAAUUGUUGACUGACAUGUGACAUUUGAUAUGAUUGCAAAAGACCGCAUGUUAACCUUUAAGAAAUAAUUUUGAUGUUUACGGGUGUAAUUUUUAUGUAAUGUGCCUUUUGAUGUUCGGUAUUUGGAUGCCAAAACGUUUACAAAGCUUGGACAGAUGUGAGUGAACGUAAAACAUUUUGAUCGUAUUUUGUUUUCAUUUAGUCAUUUGCUAUUGAUUUUCCUUUCAAAAUUAGAAACAUGAUUGUAACUGUUUCUGUCGUAAUUUAAACAUUUUCCAAUCCUGAAUCUACCGAGCUUUCAAUGUUUCUGGUCCUUUAUGGUUAAUAUUGGAUUUCUCAACGGUCUAUCAUCUGAAGAUCUUUGAAAACUGAAGCAGUAUUGCUGGUGAGGAAUCAAUGGAAAAAGCAAAGAAUGUGCGUCAGGCAGCAAAGUCUGCGUUUACCCGAUCCCUCAACGCUGGGCGAAUGUUUCUGGAUUCUAGUCGCCUGGGAUUAGAAGUUCAGCACGUAUUUGACGAAGUUAAAGCUGCACACGACAAUCUCAUUGCCAGACACGAGGAAUAUAUAUAAUAAGUCUCUUAAUGAUGAAGAAUACCCUGAAGCCGAACAUUAA